CGAGAAUUGUGUUGAGUUGCCUAGAUGCCACGUCUGAGAAAGAAUAGUAGGUGAGAAGUGGCACUGUCUAGGCAACAAUAAUAAUACGUAAGAUAAUCAAUUACUGUAUUUACCCCAUAGACUGCAAACGGCAGCACGGUUCUACUAACUGGUAACAAUGAGGACAUCUCAAAGCCUCCUAGUGGUGGCAUUACUGUGUGCCAGCGCGUUCCUGAUGAUGACCGGGUCCGCUCUGGCCCACUCUCACUCCCACGGUGACCACGGCCACGGACACGCGCACGGUCACCACGGACACGCGCACGGUCACCAUGGACACGCCCACUCGCACGGGGGCGGCGGUUGUCAUGGCCACUCCCACGAGCCCCAGGGGGUGAAGAUGCACCACGGAGCCAGCAAGUGGAGCGCCGAGGCCAACCUGCCAGCACCUGAGGACUCCCAUGGCCACGCCCACGACCAUGACCACGCCCACUCUCACGACCAUGACCACGACCAUGACCACGCCCACGACCAUGACCACGCCCAUGACCACGACCAUGGUCACGCCCAUGACCACGACCAUGGCCACGCCCAUGACCAUGGCCACGCCCACUCUCACGACCAUGACCACGACCAUGGCCAUGCCCACUCCCACGACCAUGGCCAUGCCCACUCUCACGACCAUGGCCACGCCCACGACGACGCCCACGAAGCUUCGCACAGCCAUGCCCAGGGAGCCGAGAGGGCAAAGAGAAACGCGAAGGGGGGAGAGAGGAGGGACAUGGUGGAGCUCUGGACGCAGGCCAUCGGUGCUACUCUGCUGAUCAGUGCCGCCCCCUUCCUGAUCCUGUUCCUCAUCCCGGUCCAGUCCAACACCGACCAGCACCAGAACCUGCUCAAGGUUCUGCUGAGCUUCGCUUGCGGAGGCCUCUUGGGAGACGCCUUCCUGCACCUCAUCCCUCACGCUCUGGAGCCCCACUCUCACCACGGAGACGAAGAGCACGGCCACUCACACGCCAGUGCUGAGUCACAUGACCACGGCCACUCACAUGGUGGAGCCCAUGGCCACAUGAUGUCGGUGGGGCUGUGGGUGCUGGGUGGAAUUGUGGCCUUCCUCAUGGUGGAGAAAUUUGUGCGCCUUCUGAAAGAUGGGCACGGCCAUGGCCACGCCCACGGACACGCCCACUCCCACGCCUUGCCCGAAGCGAAGGAGAGCGACGGAGAGGACGAGGAGCAGGAGGAGGAGGUGAAGAAGGAAGUGAAGGAGGAGGUGAAGGAGGACAAGAAGGAGGAGGAGGAGGAGGAGGAGAUGGACAAAGCAAAGGAGGCGGAGCAGGAGAAAGAAGAGGAACAGAAGACGGAGGAAAAAGAUGGGGUUAAACGAAGGAAAAAAGAGGAAACUGAGAAGAAGACACCAGAGAAAGAGGAAGAGAAAAGCACAGACAUCAAGGUGUCGGGCUACCUGAACCUGGCGGCCGACUUCACGCACAACUUCACGGACGGCCUGGCCAUCGGCGCCUCCUUCCUGGCGGGGCCGGCGGUGGGCGCGGUCACCACCCUCACCAUCCUGCUCCACGAGGUGCCCCACGAGAUCGGGGACUUCGCCAUCCUCGUCCAGUCCGGCUGCACCAAGAAGAAGGCCAUGUGUCUUCAGCUCCUGACAGCCCUAGGAGCGUUAGCCGGCACAGCUUGCUCCCUAUUGGCCGAAGGAGUGGGGGCGGCGGCCACGGCCUGGAUCCUCCCCUUCACGGCGGGCGGCUUUGUGUACAUCGCCACGGUGACCGUUUUGCCAGAGCUGCUGGUGGGCAGGUCCACCCUGGGCCAAUCGGUGAUGGAGAUCUUGGCCUUGCUCUUCGGGGUGGGCAUGAUGGUGCUUAUCGCAGAGUACGAGUGAACAAGAAAAUGUGACGAGUGAGGGAGAGGGGGAUGAUGGUGGGUGAGAGAGAGAGAGAGAGAGAGGGAGGGAGAGAGAGGGACAGGAGUGUGGGAGGGGGAGGUCGGAGAUGAGUUGAGAUUCAGGAGUAUGAGCACAGGGCAGUUUUAAAUCUAGUAAAACAACAUCUCCUUUUCGUGAACAGGGUUGCGAUACAGCAGGAGCGAGGAGAGUGUCUCUCUCGUUUGCAGAAUGGACAGAAAGUCCAAACAAAGGACUGCAUUGUCUCAAUAGUAAAAAAAAAAAAAUUAAAUUAAAAAAAAAAAA